UUCCAUUAUUAAGUCCCUUGUGAGACCUCUGCAAAUUCCAUAGGAUAGGAAUUGGAACUUAUUGUAUCAUCAACAAUGGAGACCACGGACCAACCUUUCAAAGAAUACCCUCCCUUCGUCCGCAUCCACAACGAUGGCACCGUCGAGCGCCACACAGGCACCCAAACCCUGCCGCCGUCUCCCCUCUCCGACGCUGGAGUGUCCUCCAAAGACGUCGUCAUCUCUCCCAAUGUCUCCGCCCGUCUCUACAUCCCUCACUCCGCCCUCUCCUCCACCAAAAAACUCCCCACCCUUGUCUACUUCCAUGGAGGAGGUUUCAUCAUAGAGUCCCCCUUCUCGCCUCACUACCAUCCUUACCAGGAUGCCCUCGCGGCAAAGGCAGGCGUGAUCAUCGUCUCGGUGAACUACCGUCUCGCCCCCGAGCACCAGCUCCCAGCUGCCUACGACGACUCAUGGGAAGCUAUCAAGUGGACCGUUGGUCUGUCCGACGAGUGGCUGAGGGAUCACGCCGACCUCGACCGCUUGUUCUUAGCUGGGGACAGCUCCGGCGGCAAUAUUGUGCAUCAGAUGGCGAUGAGGGCAGGUGAGACCGCAUCAUCAGAGGUAAGAUUGCGCGGGGUAGUAUUAGUCCAUCCAUUUUUCUGGGGACCAAAUUUGAGUGAUACAGAGAACGAACAGAGCGGGUUUGUGGAGAAGUUGUGGAAGCUGUUUAGCCCAGAUGUUGGUGCUAUGCAGAGUCACUGGGUCAAUUGGGAGGCAGAGGGGGCGACGCCGUUGACGAAGCUUGGUUGUCGAAGGGUGAUGGUGUGCGUUGCAGAGCUGGAUUUUAUAAAGAAGAAGGGAAAGGAGUAUUAUGAGGCAUUAAAGGAGAGCGGGUGGGAGGGGAAGGUGGAGCUUGUGGAGACUGAAGGGGAGAAUCAUGUGUUUCAUUUGUUUAAGCCGGACUGUGAGAAAGCCAGGGUGUUCAUGGAGCAGGUCGUCUCGUUCCUUAAUCAGGUCUAGUUGUGAGCCAUCUUGCUCUCUCUCUCUCUCUACUGGGUUUGUUUCUUUUCAAGUUUGCCUACUGCCUCUCUUUCUCUCUCUAAAUAAGAUAUCUACUGAGUUUGUUUCUUUUUCUCUCUCUUUUGUAAAUUAUACCAUUUGAUGCAGUGCAGAGAUGCACCCCUCUGGCUCACUAUGAUUUUCUGAAUACACUUUCCAUUCCCAGA